UCCGCCAGCAAACAGACAAGAAGAAGAAGCAACAACAAAAACAUUACAAGGAAAGAGAAUCAAUCGAAUCAAACGGAUUUAAUUAGUCAUUUUCCCCAGAGAUCAAAUCUUUAUCGGCUCCACUGUAGAGCUGUUGUCCACUGGAGGAAGCAUUUUUAAGUUUAUCUUCAUAAACCUUCCAGAGUUUUCAGCUGAAUAAACAAAGAAAAACAGCCACAGCAUGACUCGCCAUGGGAAGAACUGCACAGCAGGAGCUGUUUACACCUACCAUGAGAAGAGGAAGGACACAGCUGCGUCUGGUUAUGGAACACAGAGCGUCCGCCUGGGCAAAGACGCUAUUAAAGACUUUGACUGCUGCUGCCUGUCUCUGCAACCCUGCCAGGAUCCUGUGGUGACCCCGGAUGGUUACCUGUAUGAAAAACAAGCCAUUCUUGAAUACAUUCUUCACCAGAAGACAGAAAUUGCCAAAAAGAUGAAGGCUUAUGAGAAGCAGAAACAAGCACUGAAGAGCAACAACCAGCUGGAGUCUAAAUCGGAGGAGCGGCAGAGGGUGGAGAGGUUUAAAAGCAGCGAGAACAGCAUCGUGUCCAAACCCAUUAACCCUUUCACCUCCGGGCAGAAGAAAGACGGCGAGGCGAGCGGCUCAGGAGAGCCGUCCUCUGCUGCUCCGGCCUCCACGUCCGGCCAGAGCCUCCCCAGUUUCUGGAUCCCCUCCCUGACACCAGAGGCUAAACCAACUCUCCUCAAAAAACCAAGCAAAGCCGUGUUGUGUCCCAUGUCUGGACGACCCAUAAAGAUGAAUGAUCUAAUCCCUGUACACUUUACCCCAUUGGACCCGAGCCUGGACAGGGUGGCGCUGCUCAACCGCCAGGAGAGGUAUGUGUGCGCGGUGACCAGAGACGCCCUGGGUAACAGCGUCCCCUGCGCUGUCCUGAGACCCUCAGGUACCGUGGUGACUCAGGAGUGCGUGGAGAGGCUGAUCAGGAAGGACAUGGUUGAUCCGGUGUCUGGAGACAAACUAACAGACAAAGACAUCAUCCUGCUGCAGAGGGGUGGAACUGGCUUUGCGGGUUCUGGAGUGGCCCUCAGCGCCAAAGAAGCUCGGCCCGUGAUGCAGGCCUGAGAGGAUGGAGAUCUGUCCACUGUACCACAGUGAUUUAAAGUCCAUCUAAUUUGUAAAGCAAAUGUCAAAGCCUGAGUGAAAUAUUUUUAUAGCUUGUUGGAACCUGUCGGCUGCCAUGUGAUGUUUAAUUUGUGUAUUUUUUCCCCCCCUUUUUAAUGGAUGCUGUGUCCUGAAUAGAACAAUGAAUAAACCAUCAAAUAAAAUUUUUU